AUGCCACCAAAAAUGACAGCAUAUUACAUAAGGCAAUGGAGUACCACCAAUCAAGCUGGCCAACAAUCAGUUCAACAGGGGAACUCCGGAAACUUUCAGCAAUGGAGUUUAUUGUCUAUUGUCAAUGGCUAUCUUCUCUUUGGUGACCGAAUUGUCAUUCCCACCGAACUUUGUCAACGUGUCCUAGCACAGUUCCACAGUGGACAUCCAAGGAUAAGCCACGUGAAGGCCCUUGCUCGCAGCUAUGUCUACCGGCCCGGUAUGGAUGAACGCAUGGAACAGCUAUGUCGGAGUUGUUUCCGUUGCGCAGCUGCCCAGAAGUCAGCCAAUCGACAAUCGCCGCAAACUUGGCCACAGCCAGUAAAACCAUGGUCGUGCAUCCACGUGGAUUUCGUCGGACCAAUUAAUGGACAAAGCUUCCUCAUCAUUGUCGAUGCAUUCAAUAAGUGGCUUGAAGUCUUUAUUAUUUUUGAGGCAACAACGAUGGUAACCAUCACUAAUCUGCGGCACUUGUUGUCGAUAUUCGGUAUCCCACAAACUAUUGUUUCCGACAAUAGCACUCAGUUUACAUCCCAUCAUUUUGGCGAAUUCUUUCAAAAACACGGCAUCACCCAUGACACGUAUCCAUCAUUCCAUCCACAAUCAAACGAUCAAGCCAAAGGGUUCGUUGACAUAUUUAAACUUGCGUUGACAAGGGCAGAAGGGGAGGAGACCACGACAGGAGUGCUGGAUACAUUCCUGCUUAAAUAUAGAGCAAUCCCUAAUCCACAGUCUCCGGAUGGUGGCUCUCCAGUGGAGGUUAUGACGAACAGACGAUUGAGACUUACCCAUGACGUUAUCCUACCAACACUUGCGUGUUUUCAAUCACCGGCAAGAGGAAAGCUAGCAUUCCGGUCUGGGAACCGUGUGCUUGUCAGGGACUAUCGCCCCGGGCACCGAAGAUGGAUUGUGGGAGUCGUUCUCAAAAGAAUCGGUCAGGUCAAGAUGGGUGAAGGAGGAAAAGAAAUCAAGGGCCUUAGUUUUGCAGAGAAUUUCUUGCUCAGUGGGGCAGCUGCUGUAAUAGCUAAGACAGCAGCAGCUCCAAUAGAACGUGUAAAGCUGCUCAUCCAGAACCAGGAUGAGAUGAUCAAGCAGGGUCGCCUUGACCGGCCGUACCGUGGGGUGAUCGAUUGCACAGUACACACCUUCAAGCAUGAAGGCAUUCUGCCUUUUUGGCGCGGGAACUUGCCAAACUGCCUUCGGUAUUUUCCGACGCAAGCGCUGAAUUUCGCCUUCAAGGACAAGGUUAAGAAGCUUUUCAACCCCAGAAAGGAUGAUCCCUAUUGGAUGUCUUUCUAUAAAAAUGUUGUCAGCGGCGGGGCCGCUGGUGCCAUGUCACUCGUGUUCGUGUAUUCACUGGAUUAUGCUCGAACGCGGUUGGCUAAUGACGCAAAGUCCAUGAAAAAAGGCGGAACCCGAGAAUUCAACGGCUUGAUUGAUGUAUAUGCGAAAACAUUUAAGAGUGAUGGUAUUGUUGGGCUGUAUCGCGGUUUCGUUAUCUCCUGCGUUGGCAUUAUAGUCUACCGAGGUUUCUAUUUUGGGCUAUACGAUACAAUCAAACCACUCGCACUUGGUGAAGACGCCGGUGUGCUUAUCAGCUUCUGUCUUGGAUACGGUGUCACGGUUACAGCGGGGCUGAUCUCCUAUCCGAUCGACACCAUCCGACGACGCAUGAUGAUGACUUCCGGACAGGCCGUGAAGUAUAAGAGUUCGAUCGAUUGCGCAGCUCAGAUCAUGCGUAACGAAGGCUUCAUGUCAAUGAUGAAAGGUGCAAUGGCCAACAUUCUUCGCGGUGUUGCAGGUGGCGGUGUCUUGGCUGGUUUCGACAAAUUCAAAGAUGUCUACGUCUACUACAGGCUGGGCAGCAAACCGGCCGCCUAG